GAAACACACAGGUGCAUUAUCAUUUAUCACCUCCGCCUUCAUUCAUAAACCCCUAAAACCUCCAAACCACGCGCGAUGUUUCCGCCACCGUCACCAUUUUCGCCAGUUUCGUCCGCGCAGCUGGCGGUGGCGGCGUUGUUCGGCGCCUCCGUCAUGGCUAUUUCCGCAUUCUUCAUCCACAAGCGCAGCGUCGAUCAAGUCCUCGAUCGUCUCAUCAACAUCCGCCACCGCCGCCAUCACCACCUGCUCUCCGACGAUGAACAUUGUGAGUUUUCGGAGGCUGACUACAAUUCUGAGACUGAAGAUCAUAGUAUUAAAGAUGCUGAAUCUGACGCGGUGAGGGAUUACCGACUUUCACAUUCGAUGCCUAAUUACACUGCUCUCAAUAAUGAGGAACCCGGGGUUGCUGUGCACCCGACGCUGCCAAAUUCAUUGCCUAAAUUCGAGUCGAUUUCUUCCGAUUUACCACCAGUCCGGACCGGUCAGAGGGAUGGAGAUGAGCAUUAUGUCAAUCAUUCCGGUACAAGUUUGCGGGUUGGAUCAGUUGGUAGGCUUGUCACUCCUGGAUCAACAUGUGGUUAUUCUUUUGAAGGAACAGGGGAUUCUGAUGAUGAAGGAACCGAACUUGAAAUGGAAGAGAAUGCCUCAUCCUAUCAAAACGAUACAAAUCUGAUGAGUCAAUUUCAACAGAUGCUACCUGCUCAAGCCUCAAAUGGGAUUUGCAUUCAUGUUCAAGAAUCCGAGGCAAUUGUUACUGAGGCAAAGCUUGAUACAGAUCUCACUGACAGAAAAGUUGAAAUAACUCCAGCAAAUGAUCCUGUAUCUAGCAAUAACACAUUCCCACCAAUAACUGCAUCACAUGACUCAAUAAGUGUUGAAGAACAAGAAGUCACAAGGAUGAUUCGUGAAUGUUUAGAUUUGAGGGGAAAAUAUGUUUUCAGGGAAAAUGUUGAUCCAUGGGCAAAGAGUACCGAAAAAACUGGUUUACCAGAAGUCAAAAGUGAUCCAUUUAACUUUGUCCCUGUUGAAGCAUCUUCCCAUUUCUUCAGGAUGGAAGAUGGUGUAGUGCGUGUUUAUGCCAGUGAAAAUGAUUCUGAAGAACUGUAUCCUGUUGCAAGUUCAACAUCCUUUUUUACUGAUAUGCAUCAUCUCCUGAAAGUGAUGUCUAUUGGAAAUGUCCGCUCUGCUUGCCAUCAUCGAUUACGUUUUCUUGAGGAAAAAUUUCGCCUUCAUUUGCUGGUGAAUGCGGAUAAGGAAUUUGUUGCACAGAAAAGUGCACCUCAUCGUGAUUUCUACAAUAUAAGGAAAGUGGAUACUCAUGUCCAUCAUUCUGCUUGCAUGAACCAAAAACAUCUUCUCCGGUUCAUCAAGUCAAAGUUAAAAAAGGAACCAGAUGAGGUUGUUAUCUACCGUGAUGGUCAGUAUCUUACACUGAAAGAAGUCUUUGACAGCCUGGACUUGACAGGGUAUGAUCUUAGUGUAGAUCUGUUGGAUGUACAUGCAGACAAGAGUACCUUUCAUCGCUUUGACAAAUUCAAUCUCAAGUACAAUCCUUGUGGACAAAGUAGACUCAGAGAAAUAUUUCUGAAGCAGGAUAAUCUUAUUCAAGGCCGUUUCCUUGCUGACGUGACAAAGCAGGUUCUAUCAGAUUUGGAAGCAAGUAAAUACCAGCUGGCUGAAUACCGAAUUUCGAUCUAUGGGAGGAAACAGAGUGAGUGGGAUCAACUGGCAAGUUGGGUUGUAAACAACAGAAUUUACAGUGAAAAUGCUGUUUGGUUGAUUCAGUUGCCAAGGUUAUACAACAUAUACAGAAGUAUGGGGACAGUAAGGUCCUUUCAAAACAUACUUGAUAACAUCUUCCUUCCACUUUUUGAAGUCACAGUGGAUCCAAAUUCCCACCCUCAUUUGCAUCUCUUCUUAUUGCAGGUUGUAGGCUUUGACAUGGUUGAUGAUGAAAGUAAACCUGAGAGGCGGCCAACUAAACAUAUGCCAACUCCAUCACAAUGGACAAAUGAUUUCAAUCCUGCCUUUUCUUAUUAUGCUUAUUAUUGCUAUGCAAAUUUGUUUACACUUAACAAGCUUCGUGAAUCAAAAGGUUUACCAACAAUAAGAUUUCGGCCUCACUGUGGAGAGGCUGGUGAUGUGGACCAUUUAGCCGCUGGGUUUCUCCUAUGUCAUAAUAUAUCACAUGGAAUAAACUUGCGGAAAUCUCCAGUCUUGCAAUAUCUGUACUAUCUAGCUCAGAUUGGUUUAGCAAUGUCGCCACUCAGCAAUAACUCACUCUUCUUGGACUAUCAUCGCAACCCAUUUCCAAUGUUCUUCCAACGCGGCAUGAAUGUGUCCCUUUCAACUGAUGAUCCUCUACAAAUCCAUUUGACUAAGGAGCCUCUCGUUGAGGAAUAUAGUGUAGCUGCAAAGGUAUGGAAACUCAGUUCCUGUGACCUUUGUGAGAUUGCCAGAAAUUCUGUUUAUCAGUCUGGAUUCCCUCAUGCUUCAAAGUUGCACUGGCUUGGAGAUGAUUACUUUAAAAGAGGCACUAAAGGAAAUGUAAUACACAAGACUAAUGUGCCAAAUAUUAGGAUCGACUUCAGAUAUGAGACAUGGAAGGCGGAGAUGCAGUAUGUGUAUUCCGGGAAAGCUAUAGUGCCAGAGGAGAUCGAACACUAAUUCGGCAGAAUUUUUACACAAUUUUACAUCCUUGAGAUAUAAGCGCCAGCUACAUUUCCACAGAAUAUGCUUAAAGGUUGAAGAGUUGGACGAUAUUCAUAAGAUGUGUAGCUUGUGUGGUAAUCCAUUUGAGCAAGUAUUCUCGCAGUUGCGCCCUGCCAAUUUUGCUUCUGUAGUUGUUUAGCUCAAAUUUGAACGAUGAUUAGAAUUAUGAAUAUGCAACGUUUUCUCCCGUGGAGUCACACUAAUCUAAUCUAUAUAUUGGUGUA